AUGAGUCGCUCUCGUUCGAGAUCGAGCGACCGCGAACGUAGCCGUCAUUCGCGUUCAAGCAGCACGUCGUCCAGCGAGUCAUCCGGUCGAUCGAGCUCCCGUUCUCCGUCGCCAGAUCCCCCAGAGGAAGGAGAGCUGGACGUCAAGGACCCGGAUGAAUUCGCUUCAGCACAAGAAGAAAUACCCGCCCCACCUGCGGUGCCGCAGAGGACUCAGCGCAUCAGGAUAAGCCUCACUGAGGAGGCUAGGCGCCGAUUUGACCAAGUGGCGGCUGGGAUGCAGGUGUCAAGCAGUGAGCGAAUAGCCAUAUUGAAAGAUGUGCCGCUCGUCUCCUCACCGUUCGCAGAAGUAGCGAUGUUGGACGACCAACUUCCCAGGGAGGUCGAGAGGUCCAUUCAGCUUCGGGAGGCAGACUUACGCCGUCUAAACGAAACCCUCAUCAACACCAUCAAUAUAAUCGAGCUGGUGCGAAAGUUAGGAGCUGACGGAGCAGGAACAGAAUUCCAUCCUUCCGUCAUUGGAUAUUUCGACAUUGCUACCAUCCUUCUUUCAGCCUCCUUGCGCGACAUCAUUGUCUUCAGGAGAGAAAGAGUGUUGAGGUGGGUGCUUGAAUGCUAA